GUUAAACAGAACCAUAUGAAAAACAUGUGUCAACAAACAUGUGUUAAACUCAUGGUUAUCGCAUGUUUUUCAUAUAAAUAAGUUUUCAUAUGUUAAAUAUAUGUGACCUUUCAUGUGUUUUUCAUAUGAUAAAUUUAUGAUCAUAUAUACUGCAAGAUUUACACUUUUAACAGUCUUAAUAGAUUCUACAUGAUUGCACAUAAAUUCUUAAAAUAUUCUUGGUUCAUGCAUCUAUGUGCAACUUAUUGUUAUGGGGACAAUAGUCUGCCAUUCAUUUUUAGGAACCGAAGGGAGACAUAAUAUAAUCGCACCGUCUGUCCGUCCGUCUGUCCGUCCUUCCGUCCGUUCUCAUAUUGUGUUGCACGUAGCUAAAAAUGUAUUUGACAUAGAGUCAUGAAACUUUUCAGGAAUGUUGAUCAGCAUGUGAAGUUGUGCACCUGGGGUUUUGCUUAUGGAUUAAUUCUGUUUUGUCACAGUUUUGCCCUUGAUUUAAUAAAAAUUUGCGAUUUUCAACUUGUGUCGCACGUAGCUCAAAAAGUAUUUGACCUACAGUUAUGAAUCUUUACAGGAAUUUUGAUACGCAUGUGUAGUUGUGCAACUGGGUAUUUUCGUUUAAAUUUAUUUAGUAUUUGUAGAGUUAUUGUAAUUGACUUAGUAAAAAUUUUCAAUUUUCAACUUGUUUCACAUGUAGCUCAAAAAGAAUUUGACAUAGGGUCAUGAAACUUUACAGGAAUGUUGACAAGCAUGUGAAGUGGUGUAUCUGGUGUUUCGAUUGUGAAUUUAUAUGUUUUGUCAGAGUUAUUGCCCUUGACUAAGUGAAAAUAUGCAAUUUUCAAUUUGUGUCUUGCGCAGCUCAAAAUGUAUUUUACCUAAAGUCAUGAAACUUAACAGGAAUGGUGGUCGGUAUAAUGUAGUUGUGCACCUUGGAUUUUACUUGUGGAUUUAUCCAGUAUUUGUAGAGUUAUUGCCCUUGACUUAGUAGGUAAAAACCGUUCCAUUAUGUUGUGUUAUUUGUUCCUUGAGUGCGACAGUUACAAUCAAUCAAAUUUGAUCAAUACUGUGAAGCUAUGCACCUGGGAUUUUGCAUGUGAAUUUUAAAAUAUUGCCCUUAACUUAGUAUAUAUUUGCAAUUUUCAAUUUGUUCAUGCAUAGCUCAAAAAGUAUUUGACCUGUAGGCCUGAAAGUUUACAGGAAUGUUGGUCAGCAUGUGUACUUAUUAUCUUGGGGUUUGCUUGUGGAUUUAUUCAGUAUUUGUAAAGUUCUUGCCCUUUACUUAGUAAAAGAUUUUGAGUUUUCACAUUAACCCAAAACAAUUUGAACUAGAGUCAUAAAAUUUACAAAACAGUUGAAUGGGGGCACAUGUGUCCUAUGGAUACAUUUCUAGUUAUAACAUUUUAACAAGCAUUUUAAAAGAGAAAAUGGAUCAUUAAAAACAAAAAUAAUUGUUCCGCUUAAUAUCAUUAUCCCGGGGGCAUUUAUAUUUUGCGGAACGAAACAGAAGCAAUAUAGAACGAGUUGUACUGAAACAAAUGUCACGUGACACUGGAUUAUGAAAGAUUACUUAUCCAUUGUAUAUUUAUUUUUCAAGCCACUGGACACAGCAGUUUGAUCCCUCUAGAAAUCCUUAGAAUGGAUAAGCAUUCAAUAGAAUUAUACAAACGAGCAUUAAGUGAGGGCAAAGAAGCUGUUUACAAUAUUCGAGUAAUGGUUGUCGGCCAUUACGGUGUUGGCAAGACAACGCUAACAAAGCGUCUGUUAGAUGAAGAUGUUGAUAUUAACAAGCGAGAGAGCACAAAUGGUAUUGAUGUUCACGUAAAAAGAUGUAAAGUGUCCCUGGAAACUGGACAAUGGGAAACAGUAGCCAAAGAUCAGAAAGUUGGCACAGUGUGUAACCGUCUGCUUAAUUUGUUAAAAAAAACACUUACCACGGAAAAGGAAGUUGUUGUAAUAGAAAAUGAGAGUACAGUAGGAGCUGUUAAUGAAGAGUUUGAAGUUGUAGAUGAAGAUACAUCAAUAGAGAGCAACAGCCAAGAUAUUACAGAAAAGAAUGAAGGUGCAGAAGUUGUGUGUACAGAACCAGAACCAAAGAUGAAAGUAACUUUGACACCGCUGGAAGUAGAAAACGUCACUAAUGAGAAUUUCCAACCACUUCAAGACACCAAGGAAGAAAAUAUACUAUAUCACUUGAAGGCCUUGAUAGAAGAAGUUCAGCAUUCAGGGUCCACAGAUAAUUUAAACAUGGCGGAUGUCUCCAUUUGGGAUUUUGCGGGACAGUUUGUAUUCUAUGCCACUCAUCAGGUGUUUUUGUCAAGGAGAGCGGUGUAUUUGUUAGUCACAGACGUAUCUAAAAGCAUGGAGGACAUGGUAAAAGAUGAUGAAUGUUUCCAGGAUAGCAUAGGUGUUAAACAUUGGAAAAUAUCAGAAUUUGCUAAUUUCUGGUUAAAUUCAAUCCACGAGUUUUGCGGUUCAUCGGAUGAGUCAGGCCCGCCUGUCCUGCUGGUUGGAACGCGUGCAGAUAAGAUAAAACAACUUUUUCCAGAGAAAACAAAGCAAAUGGCAAUUAUAAACAAUUAUUUCUAUGAAUUGAGAUCGCUUUUUCACAAGGAAUCCAUAAGUCAUCUGAUAGAGGAAGACUUUCCAGUUGAUAAUACUAUCAAAAACGGCAGCAUUGAUUUACUAAAAAAAAAAAUUGUCGAAUCCGCGAAGGCACAAUCAUAUUGGGGAGAGAUUAUUCCAGCAAAAUGGAUAACAUUGGAAAACAGCAUUGCCAUUCUGAAAAAUGAGGGUUCAAAGGUUCUACAUAUAGACAUGUUGCGGCGUCUGAACAACACAUUGCCUGUUCCUAUAGAAACAGAUGAAGUACUGAAAUUAUUUUUAAGGUUUCAUCAUGAAUCUGGAAAUAUUCUAUAUUACAGCGAUGAUAACUUAGGUGAUACAAUUGUCCUUGACCCCCAGUGGUUGAUAGACGCCUUCAAAAGCAUUAUAACCGCCAGAAUGUUCUGCUGCAAAAGCCGAAAAAUUUUUCGAAAAUUUGGGAAAAUGUUUUAA